CGCAGGAAUCAGUAAUAAUGGGCACAAUUACCAAGAAGUUUACGUUUAUGGAUGAGGACAUUGUGAUCAGUGGUCUGAGCGGUCGCUUCCCGGAGUCCAACUCCACUGACGAGUUUGCCCGCAAUCUGUACGACAACGUAGACAUGAUUACCGAUGACGACCGUCGCUGGCCUUCGGAAUUAUACGGUAUGAACUCGCGAAUGGGCAAGGUUAAAGAGGUGGACAAGUUUGACGGCAACUUUUUCGGUAUCAUGUCAUCGCUGGCCGACCCGAUCGACGCCCAGUCCCGUAUGCUAUUGGAGAUCACAUACGAGGCCAUUAUCGACGCCGGUAUAAACCCGCAAAGCCUGCGCGGGUCGUCCACCGGUGUGUACAUCGGGUACUCGCAGUUCGGAAUGCCUGACGGAGUGCCCGAAGAGAUACAACCGGACUCACAGAACUCGCUGACCGACGGACUCCUAUGGGUUUCGGGCCAUUCCAAGUGUCUGUACGCCAAUCGCGUAUCGUUUGUGUUUGACUUCAAAGGCCCGUCACUUAUCACAGACACCGCCUGUUCCUCCAGUUUAGUGGCCUUUAACAUAGCGAUGAACGACUUGAGGCUAGGUAAAUGCGACCAAGCAAUAGUAGGCGGCACCCAGAUCAAUUUGCAACCGUUCACGAACCACAUAUUCCAGACGACACGACUGACCGCAGCCGACGGCAUACCCAAAGUGUGGGACCAGUCGGCCGACGGGUUCGUGAGGGGAGAGGCCGUGUCGUGUGUGCUAUUGCAGCGCCGAUCGCAGGCCAAGCGAGUGUACGCCACUGUACUGAACAGCGGUGUCAACAUCGAUGGCAACAAACGGAUGGGUAUGUUCUUCCCCUCCAGCGAGAGUCAGCAACAGCUCAUGAUGAAGGUGUACGAGGGGGCCGGCGUCGACCCACUCGAGGUCAACUACUUUGAGGCACACGCCACUGGCACCAAGGCGGGUGACCCCCAGGAGGCGCGUGCGAUAUACAAGGCGUUUUGCGCUGUGCCUAACCGUAAGGGAACGCUACCCAUAGGCCUAUUGAAGAGUAACAUCGGUCACGCGGAGGGCGCCUCCGGUAUGACAUCAGUGGCCAAAGUGUUGAUAUCGUACGAGAAUGAGUGCAUUCCCGCUAAUCUCAAUCUCAAACAACUCAAGUCAAGCAUUACCGACAUGUGUCCGCCACUGAUGCCCAUCACCAGCAACUAUAAGUACACACCCGGUAUCGCCGGUAUCAACAACUUUGGUGUCGGUGGUGUGAACGCCAGUAUACUAUUGGCGCCUAAUGACAAGUUGCCCGAUGAAAAUAGUCGGAUAAUUGCCGACCAGAAUCUGCCCCGUAUUGUCAACCUGUGCUGUCGUACCGAAGAGGCUCUUAACUACAUGUUUAAUUUUAUUGAGAAAAAUCCCAACAAAAUCACCAGGGACUUUCUGGCCUUGUUGGCCGAUACCAUGAAAAACAAGGCUGUUGUUAAUUCGGCUGGUUUUCCAUUUAGAGUACUAGGAACGCUAUUUAUCAAGCAAACCAAACCAGUGGACGACCAUGGUCAUUGCGAGUACGAGUACCGACGCCAGCACUCGUUAUUCAGCGAGAAGAGCGUACGUCCGCUAUACUACUUGUUCGCGGGUUUGGGCGGCCAGUGGUCUGGUAUGGCCCGGGCGUUGAUGUCCAUCAAACUAUUCGCCGACAAAAUCGAUGAAUGUCACCAAAUUCUGGCCGAAGUCGGUAUAGACCUGAAGCGCCUGCUGUUGGCCGACGACAAGCACUCCAUGGCGUCGAUGACCAGCAAAUUUACGGCCACAACAGCCCUUCAGAUCGCGCUGUUUGACGUACUCCAGGCUCUGGAGCUCAGACCCGACGGUAUUAUUGGGCACUCGUUCGGCGAGAUUGCCUGCGCCUACGCCGACGGCUGUCUGACCGCUAGGGAGGCGCUGAUGGUGUCGUACGUGCGCGGAGUGGUCACCGAAAACGAUCGCCGCGUACCUAAGGGUUUGAUGGCAGUGGUGGGCCUGUCGUGGGCCGAGGCUCAGGCCCUGUGCCCGCCCGGUGUGUCUGUCGUUUGCAACAACGCCAAGGAUGCUGUGGUUGUCUCCGCCAUGAUCGAGACGCUGACCCGAAAGGGUGUGUUUGUCAGAGAGCUGGACAGCUGUCACAUCCCGUAUCACAGCCAGUAUCUGACCACUUGCGCGGACGCCAUGACCCGCGAGAUACGCAAAUACGUGCCGGAGCCGCGACUUCGGUCCAAGAAAUGGAUCUCUACUGCAGUACUGGAGGCCGACCCCAAGGAGGACGCGCUGCGGUACGCCUCCGCCGAGUACUUCAUACACAAUCUCGUGAAUCCGGUCCACUUUCACAAC